AUGACCGCCAACGACGACGACAUGGUCACGUCUCCGCUAUCCGAGCUCGACUCCGAGGCCAUGCUGGACCUGCAGCAGCACGAUGAGGACGAAGCCAAGGAGCUGAAGGAUGACGUGGCAGAGGACCACGACACAGGCACAAACGGAGACACACACACACCAACUGACAAGAAGACCCGUUCUUCUCCGUCUCCAUCGACAGGAGCAACCGCAACCUCGGCCACGGCUACGGCCACAGCCCCACCUACAGCUACAGACACACAAUCGGCGGGCGACAAGGGCUCCGUGACGCAUCCCGAGCACGCCGACUCGGGUAUUGCCACGGUCGCGAGCAUUGUCUCCACAGACGACAUGCCGCUGCCCACGUCCAACGGCAGAAAAGCAAGUCUGCUCAACCCCGCGGACCUCAGCGACGACUCGUCCGAGCUCUCGGAACUCGAGGACUCCGAGGCCGAAACCGAACGGCUCUAUCUCAACGAUCUGGUCGACGAAGAGGAAGAGUCGUUCAAGCGCCGGCGCGAAUCGUCGUCGGAAGACCACAUCCGGCAGAUGAAGCGUGAACGCGAUGAGGAGGAUGACAGAGAUAUUAAGCGGGCCAAAGUUAAUGGUCAAACCGACGAAAAUGAUGACAUUGGAGAAGAAGACACAACGGCCCGAAUGGAUGUGGAUACCACAGCCAAGGCAGAAGGAGAAGGUGGAGAUGUGGGUCCUGACACCGGGCUCAUCACUGCCAGUGCCAUUGCCUCGGCUCUCGAGGAAGUACCGCCUCCCUUGCCCGUGCCUGUUGAGGACAUCAAGCCUGAGGUGAAUCAUAUCUCUGAGAAGGAAGGAGAGGCUGUGGAUGAGUCUAAGGAGGCCGAGGCCAAGGAGGGGCUCAAGGAAUCAGAAACGGCUGAUGUCGACAAUAAGGACGCCAACGAAACCAAGGAUAUGCCUACGCCCAUCAACCAGACUGAGCCCUCCGACAAUGAACACGAGGAAGAUAAAGAGGAGGAGGUGACCAAGGAGGACAAGGACAAGGAGGAGAAUGAAGACGAAGACGAAGACGAAGACGAAGACGAAGACGAGGAAAAGGAGGUGGAAGACGAGGGCGACGAGGAAGGCGAAGGCGACGACAAUGACAAGGAAGACUCUCCCGCAGACGCAGACAAGGUCGACAUGCGGCCUGCGGCCAUGACGUCUCUCGCCGAGAUCGAGGUCGAUUUCGCCAAGCUCCGCGACUUUAUGUUCAAGGAGAAGCUGGCGGCGUUUGAGGUGGAAAUGGGGCUCUGUGUCAAGGGCACACAUCCCGAGCUGCAUGCGGUCUACGAGCAGAUCUCCAAGAUGCGUGACGACAAGAUCAAACUGGCCAAGACGCGUCGCAAAUACAAGCUGCAGUGCAUCAACAACCAGACACGUGCGUCGCGUGUGCAGAUUCACCAGCAGUUUCUCAAGGAUCAGGGUGACGCCCGAAGCGGCUUGUUGCUCAAGACGACCGAAGAGUGGUAUAGAGUCAACCGGGAGAGACGGGCCAUGGAUCUCAUGGUUCCCGACUACGGCUACACUAUCCCUGAAAGCAAGAGCGAGCAGAUUCAUCAGCGGAACGCUCAGGUGAACGAGAUUUCGCUCUUGUCUGGAAUAUCCAAGUACGUUGGUUUCCCUGCUGCGCCUGUGAUUUCUCAGGCAACGGAGGACGAGACCAACGAGGAUCUGACGGCUCUGGGGCUCCAGCGGCCUCCUGUUCCUCAUGCAGCCUUCCCCGUGCCUCCGGGAAUCAUGCAACCUAUGGGUGUGCAACCUGCGCCUCUUCAACAGGUGCCACAGCAACAGCCUCCGCCUCCACAGACUGCCCAGCAGCAGGUUCACCAGCAGACUCCACAGCAACAGCACCAACCUCCCCCACCACCUCCACAGCAGCAGCAGCAGCAGCAGCAUCAGCAUCAGCCCACGCCGCCUCCCAUGGGUCAACACAGACUCAACGGACACGAGCAGCAACACAUGCCUCUGCCACUAGGCGCGCCUCUCAUGAUGCAGCAUCCCAUGUACCAUCAGGGACCGCCAAUAUACGGAGGGUACCAGUACCCUGCUGUGCCGUAUUACCAGGGUGGCAAUCUUCUGCCUCCGCCGCAGACCAUGUACGGACAUCCUCAGAUGUAUGGGCAGGUGUUGCCACCGCCGUAUAUGUAUCAGAAGAGGGAGGAGGAGCACGAGUGA